ACGAGUGCAGACACAGAAACAUCAGAAGAUAAACGAGUUCUAGCUUUACAUCUCCAAAAAACAUCAGUAUGAAAUUUGAGGAUCUCUUGGAAGAGCUUGAUGGCUUUGGAAGGUUCCAGAAGAUGGUUGUGUUUCUCAGUUUUAUUGGCCGAUUCACGUUACCGUGUCACUUUCUGUUAAACAACUACAUCGGUGCGAUUCCUCCUCAUCACUGCAACCUCGGCUCUGAGGAUGGGAACCUAACGCUGGAGCAGAGAAUGAUCAUCAACAUUCCUAAACAGAACGAUGGAACCUUCACUUCCUGCCACAUGUUCUCAGAACCACAGUACCACCUUUUAAAUGAUACACAUCUGAAAGAAUCAAACUACACAGAUGUUUUAGUGGUUGAAUGUCAGAAUGGAUGGAUAUACGAUAACAGCACCUUCAUCAGCACAUUAGCUUCAGAGUGGGAUCUGGUGUGUAAGAACAGAGGGAUGAAUAAAGUGAUGGCCACCAUCUUCUUCAUUGGAGUGAUGAUAGGAGCAGCGAUAUUCGGCAGUCUGAGUGACAGAUAUGGCCGGAAGACCAUGUUGAUGGUGUCCUAUGUGCUGGCAUUAUGUUUUGCGAUGGCGAGCGUUUUCUCCUCCUCCAUCAUCAUGUUUGCAGUGCUGCGGUUCUUCACGGGUCUGAGUAUCACCGGCAUCGUCAUUGUCACCAGCGUGCUUACUGUGGAGUGGGUGAAUAUAAAGAGCAGGAAGUUGGUGGGUGUGAUUGACAGUUUGAGCUGGACAUUUGGUUACAUGCUGCUUCCUGUGAUGGCGUACGGAGUGAGAGAUUGGAGAUGGCUGACUGUAACGGCCACAUUACCUCUCACUGUGGCGCUAAUCAGCUGGAGGUGGGUUCCAGAGUCGGCUCGGUGGCUAAUUGCUAAUGGCAAUGUGGAGAAAGCUCUGUUUUACCUAAACAAAUGUGCUGUGAUGAACAAGAGGACCAAGGCAGCCAACUCCUUCCUGAAACCAGAGGUUCUCUCAUCUAUAGUGUCAGAGGGAGAAAACCGGACAUACACCUAUCUGGACCUGAUGAAGACACCCAACAUCAGGAGACUGGCUUUGCUGACAGGAAUCUGCUGGUACGGCGUGGCUUCCUCUUACUACGGAAUCAGCUUUAACAUCAAAGGCUUUGGUCUGAAUUUGUAUCUGAACCAGUUCCUGUAUGGUACUGUGGAGAUUCCUGCAAAAGUGGUUGUCUACCUGCUGCUCGAUCGGAUCGGACGGCGUCGCACUGAGGUGGGCGGGCUCCUGAUGGCAGGCUGUGCACUCAUUAUAAAUGUCUUCAUAUCAAAAGAUCAGUGGAUUGUGCGCUCAGUGAUCGGAGUUCUGGGGAAAGGUUUCACCUCCAUCGCUUUCUCAACACUCGUCUUGUACUGCUCUGAACUUUACCCCACUGUUAUCAGACAGAAUGGAAUGGGCUAUAACUCCUUCAUGGGGCGACUGGGUGUGGCUUUAGCUCCACUGAUCCUCCUAUUGGAUGAUGUGUGGCUUCAGCUGUCGCAGGUGAUUCUGUGUGUCAUUGCGGUGGUUACAGGUUUGGUGGCAAGUCGCUUACCUGAGACAAAGGACAGGUGUCUCCCUGAGACUAUAGAGGACAUCGAGGGGACAAGACUCAGUCCAUCUCUGGUUCAGGAAACAGGAAAAGAAGAAGAAAACGGAGUAUAAGGAGAAAUGAAGUGAUUUAUUCCAGAAAUUCCUCAUUUAUUAAAUAAAGACUUUAUUUUGUGGUUUAUUUUAAUCACACACACAAACAAGAUUCAUUU